CUACCUGGCCCUGCCCUGCCCUGCCCUUUAAUUCUCCCUCCUCCCUCCCUCCCUCUCUUCCUUCUCCCUCCCUCCCUCCCUCUCUCUCUCUCUCUCUCUCCCAUUCUUCUCCCAUUUCUCCCCCUCUCACUAGCCGUUCAUUCCCCUUUCGCUUUACUCUUACUGUCCCUACAUUGCGCCUUCCUGGCCUGGGACUCUCUUGACAUUUGUAUACUUGCGCCAUUGACCUGGCCUGCUCCUUUAUUCCUUAAUACACACUCUUAAUCUCUCUCCAUCCCUAAGCGCCUAACGCGCCUUGAACUAUGUCUACCCGUAAGAGAAAGCAAGAGGCCGAGGAGGAGGAGGAGCUUCAGGCGCUCCCUAGCGACGAGAGCGAGGAAGAAGAAGAGUAUGAGGACUCCGAAGUAGCCGAAAGUGAGGAAGGAGAGGAAGAGGGAAGCGAAGAAGAGGAGCUUGAAGAAGAAGAGGAGGGCGAAGAGGAACCUGAGGAACAAGCUCCUCCGGCUCACAAGAAGCGAAAGACGGCCCCGGCGCCCGAAGAAGAGGAGGAAGAAGAAGAGGGCAAGGAAAAUGGCGAAGCUGAAAACGGUGAAGGCGAGAAUGGUGUCGAUGAGGAAGAGGAGGAAGCCCCCGAAGACGAAGAAGACGCCGAGGAGGCUCCUGAAGAGACAGCAAAGAGCAGCGCCCCUGCCGCCGCUGCUAGUAAGGCCAAGGCUGGCGAUGUACCUAAGGAAGCUGAAGCCGAUGUUGCUGCAGAGGAGUGAAGACCUUCCAGCAUGGCGUGAUAAUGACCCCGCAGUAUUGACUGCUGUCGCGCUGGCAAUAUUCUAUUGAUAAUUUAUGUGAUUUUUUUGCGAGGAUAUAGUCCUUAAGGCACAUGCUCCUAUUACAUUAAGCUUAGGCAAAGCCAUUGUUAUUUCUUUUUA